UCAUGCGUCGGUGGUGAAGUGAAAAGUGCAGUGUUUUCGUAUACGUAUUCGUGAUAGUGCUGACUGUAAAAUGAAGUCUUUUAGCGCGACUGCGCUGUCUGUGUUUGCUGUUUUGACAGUAUGCCUUGCAGCAAAAGACCGUUCACGGCAGCGUUCCGGCCCGAUCAGGAGCGUUCCCGUGGCGGCCAGCCUCAAGAGGGAUGUAGACUUUGACUGCCCCGAAGAAUUCGGCUACUACCCUCACCCUACCGAUUGUACGCUAUACUAUGUUUGCGUAUUCGGCGGCGCGCUACUUGAGUCUUGUACUGGUGGCCUUAUGUACAGCCACGAACUCCAAACAUGUGAUUGGCCGCGUAACGUAGGCUGCGACGCCACCGGUGCCGUGGUUGCCGAAGAUCUAGAGCGGAUCAAUGAGAGAGAGCCACCGCCACCGCCGCCACGACGCAAUCCUCCGCCGCCGCCGAGGGCCCAGCCCAACCCUGUCAUUACUUCAAGGGGACAACCGAAGUUCAAUAGACAAGAAUACGAAAAGCAACAAUUGUACGCGGAGGUAGAUGAUUUACCACCAGUUGAAGAAAUCGAAAGUGAUAGACAGCAGAGAGUUUACAGAGGACAGCCUUCGACAAUAGGACAAGUUCAAAAGGACAGAGAUGGCUAUGUUUCCCAAACUAACUCUGGAAGAACAUUCAAUUCAAACAUCAUACCUUCUUCGAUUAAUCAAAAUAGCAAAAUAGGAUCAUUCUCUUUUGGAACGCAAGUUGAUGAACGAAGGACAGCUACUGUAACACAAGCACCUCAAACCUACAGAGUUGAAAAAUAUGACGAUGUGACUGACUCAAUCGACAGACCUAAAGACUUUUUGACUGAUAUUAGUAAGGUUAAAGACAUAACUCAGAAUACACUUUCAAGAAAAAAGAGAGACAUAGUAGUUAAUUCUGGAAAUAGUUCUGUAACACCAGAUAAGAUAUCAAAACGAAAUGACAAUGGAAACGAUAAUGAGAAUGAAAACGAAAAUGAGAAUGAAAACGAUGAAGUUAUGGAAUAUAUUGAAUUCGAUGAACAAUCAAAUGAAGAUGAAUACAAUGAAGAAGAUUUAGAAGACAGUGAAAGGGGAAAGAGGCAAAUACGUUUUUAUUUAAAAAAUGGUUUUAGGUCACCUGACAAAAAUUGGCCGAAUCCUAAACCUCAAAAGCUCAUCCACUUACAUCAAUAUAAUUUAAAUCCUAAUCUACAAAAUCAAAGACUUGUUCAUAACAUUGAGCAAAAUCCAAAUAACAGAAAACCUUUGCUCAAUAGUAAUUUUUUUUCAUCAGCAAAUUCUUACGUACCUUAUAAUAUGGAUAAUAUUCAAAAUCGACCGUUUAAAGCAAGUAUACCGGAUCCUAUAAAUCAGAAAAGUCCUCAAUUUAAUGGUGGAACUCAAAUAAUAACAAAAAGCCCACCAAUAUCGUCUUUGAAUAAUAAUCAAAAUCCUUAUUCUGCUUUUGCUGGAGGAUUUUAUAACAAUGCACUAAAUAUUAAAAAUAAUCAAUUAAUAACAGUGCAUUCGACGAAACAACCAAAUUCAGUAUCUCCUUCUGAUUCAUCUUAUCUAUCUAGUUCCAUAGUGACUGGAAAACCUAUACAAACAACUAAUUCUGUACUUACAGUAAAUAAUUACCGUGAAAAUAAGGUUAAUAAUAACAAUCCUGCUUCUCAAAGUAGUUUUAAUGGUGGUAACAAACAAGUCAAUAACAACGGUCCAGAUUACGAGGAAGAUGAAGAUGUUGAAUCCAGUGACGAAGAAGAGUCUUCACAAGAGGAAGAAAAUGAUGAUGACAAUCAAAAUGUACCAGUAAAAUCUUACGGUUACAAUGAUCCUGGUCAUAAAUUUGCCAAAAUAGAAAACCCUUUUGCAAAUCCAGAGUUCAACUUUGAUACUUUUUUGGAGAAGCUGCGCGAUGAUCAUUAUUCAAUUAUUGGUGUAACAACACCAAAUCCUAACACUAAAGAUGAAUUAAAUCCGCCAAAAAUAGCUAGCAAUCAUCCUUUGUAUGCUACGGCUUCGUAUACAGAUAUCAAUUUGCUUUCGUCAACUUUAAAAAAUGGUUUAAACACGCCAAGGCCAUUUACAGUCUCUGCAGAAGUUAGCAGUACUGCAGGUCCGUCUCAGAGGCUUGUGAGUUCAACUCCUAAACAAGUACAAAAGUAUCAACAUCAGUUGCUUCAGAGACCUGAAACAGUACCGCAGAAUUAUAUUCAAAAUACUCGAGAACAACCUCCAAAUCAUUUCAAUAAACAAUUGACACCUGUAAAUCAAGGAGAAAUUUUUAGACCAAAUAUAGCCAGCCAUAUAAAGCCACCAAAUUUUAAAGAUGAUCGUCAACUGCCCCUUAGUUAUAGUUUUAAUGCACCUAAUGAGAAUACUCUUCAACAGCCAUAUGCAGUACGACCACUAACGUAUUCUCACACGACGCCAAUGGUUACACAGAAACCUUACUUAAUAGGACAGGGUACCGCACCACCAACUGGUUUCCUAAUGCCAAAAAAUCAUAAGCAAGUUACGCCUCAGCCGCAGUUAUCAUCCAGUACAAUAUCUAACUUUCUGUCGAAUGUCCAAUCUCAAAAUGUUAAUCCGUUUUUAGCAUUUAUCCAAUCUACUCCCAAACCUACAUCAACAUUAGUGGAUGAGCAGCUCUCAGCAUUACAUAAUUAUUGGAAAACUCUAACUACCGGUGUAACUAUUCCAACAACCUUUGUUCUUAAACAAGGCACUGUAACAGAAACUCCAAAACAGGGAAAUUCGUAUUACCGAACAUUACAAUCAUCAACACAGCUACCUAUAAAAAGUAAAAAUAGAAUAUUAACAACGUCAACUACUGUUCCCCCUAAGCGCAGGCCAAUACCAAAGCCUUCGCCAGAAAUGAAUGAUUAUUAUUAUGAUGAAGAAGACGAACAGUAUUACUAUGAACCUGCUGUUAAACCUAAAUACAUGCCAAGUUCAGAAGUAAAGCCGCAAAGGCCUGCGAUGGCACAGAAUUAUAAGGAGUAUGAUGAUAUUCGAUCUUCUGAGAAUACAAAAAUAGGUAAUUCUUCACCAAAGCAAGCAAAUAACUUAUUUAAACAAGAUUCCGUAACUAAAAAUCAUAAUGACUUAUCUGUUGUCACGAAAAUUCCAUAUAAACAACAGGUCAAAAGUCCUAAUGGAAAAAUUCCAGUACCAGUAAUGGUUGACUACGUCAACACUGCCAACAAUCAAUAUGUAUAUCGAAAUAAGACUGUACAUUUAAGAAAGCCGAAUCAUAAUCCAAACACAUUAAGGCCUCCAAAAUAUCUUAACCAGACUACGUUGCGUCCUUAUACUGUCAGGCAUAGACUUGCCAAGCCAACAACUGAAAAAUAUCAUAUCAGUAACGGAGAUUAUAAUAAAAAAACUAGAGAAAGAGUUCGUCAUCAGAACAUCGUCGCACAGAAUAUGAAAUAUACUACACCUCGGGACAGCUUUAAACAAGAGACUCGCUUUACUAAGACUAGCCAUGACGAUAGAAUAAACAGUUUGGAACCGACAGAAAGUAUUACACCGACCUCUUAUUCGGCCAGCCCCCGACCUAAAAUGCUGUACAAUGGAUCCCAAACCUACAGUGCUGAUCAAUACGAUCCUUAUUACGCUGUGUAUGAUGAAGAUGGUGAAUUGUACAAAGAUACAGACUAUGUUCAGCAAUAUAACCAGGCUUCGCUUCGGCCAGCAGUCCAGCAGACGUACCGAGGCACUCCUCCACCAGCUCGACGACCUGUUGAAACGUACACUCCAAGGCCAGUUUCACCUGAUGAUUACGACGAUGUCCUUCUUCAGCCACAGAUAAGCAACCAGAACCAGUACCAAUCUUCCAUACGCCAACAGACAAGGGGCGAUGGUAACGAAUUGGGCUAUGAUCACAUUCCAAGCAGCGUGAGGACGACUGUUUAUGAAGCUAGUUCCCAACGCACAACUCCUUCUACAACUAGCACAAGCACAACCACUUCUACUACUACCACAACAACCACUACUACACGACGUCCAACUACUACUGCUCCUUAUACCGAAGCAAUGACCUCGGUUCGGUAUAGCCCAAGGCCCAGCAGUACCAGAGGGAGGGGAUCUGCACAUUUCUCUACUUCGGGUGGUUCAGAAUCAUCGCCACAAACAUCAAAUAGAGGAACACCUCCAACUCGCAGUCGUCCGACGCUGAAACCUUCAACAGCUAUAGUAUCUAAGACAGCCGAAAUACCGGACAUUUAUCUUAAUCCUCCAAGAAGACCAGAAUCAGUCUAUCCACAACCUACUCCUGAUAAGACAGCUGCAAAAUGCCGAAAGGACGUAUGUCUUUUACCCGACUGUUUCUGCGGAGGAAAAGAUAUACCCGGCGACUUGCCCGUGGACAAGGUUCCGCAGAUUGUUCUGCUGACAUAUGACGAUUCAGUAAAUGACUUAAACAAGGGGCUUUAUGCGGAUCUGUUUGAGAAAGGCCGCGUCAACCCGAACGGGUGCCCAAUUUCUGCCACAUUUUACGUAUCCCAUGAGUGGACGGAUUAUAGUCAAGUACAAAACCUUUAUUCGGCUGGACACGAGAUGGCAUCACACACGGUUUCUCAUAGCUUUGGUGAACAAUUUUCCCAAAAGAAAUGGAAUCGAGAAGUUGGGGGCCAAAGAGAAAUUUUAGCAGCUUAUGGUGGCGUAAAGCUUGAAGAUGUUAGAGGAAUGAGAGCACCUUUCCUGUCCGUUGGUGGAAAUAAGAUGUUCAAAAUGUUGUAUGAUUCGAAUUUUACUUACGACUCAUCUUUGCCCGUAUACGAAAAUAAACCACCCAGUUGGCCUUAUACUUUGGAUUAUAAAUUAUUCCACGAUUGCAUGAUUCCACCGUGUCCGACGAAAUCAUACCCAGGAGUUUGGGAGGUACCGAUGGUGAUGUGGCAAGAUUUAAAUGGUGGAAGAUGUUCUAUGGGAGACGCUUGCGCAAACCCACCUGACUCUGAUGGUGUUUACAAAAUGAUCUUGAAAAACUUUGACAGACACUACACGAGCAAUAGGGCUCCAUUUGGAUUAUUUUACCACGCAGCUUGGUUUACUCAACCUCACCACAAAGAAGGUUUCAUCAAGUUCUUAGACUUCAUCAAUAAAAUGCCUGAUGUAUGGAUUGUAACAAACUGGCAAGCUCUACAGUGGGUUCGGGAUCCAACUCCAAUUUCCAGAUUAAAUAACUUCCAACCGUUCCAGUGCAAUUAUGCGGAUCGGCCUAAGAAGUGCAACAACGCUAAAGUAUGUAAUCUUUGGCAUAAAUCCGGAGUACGAUAUAUGAGGACAUGUCAACCAUGCCCUGAGAUUUACCCUUGGACCGGCAAAACAGGCAUCAGAUCAUCGAAGAUCGACCACGAAAUCGAAGAAUAAAUUUAUACAGUUAUUAGUUCGUAACAAAUUACGCCCAUCCUUAGUAAUGAUCCUUUAGAAUUUGCUUUAUAUUUUAAGCCAACGAGGCAAGGAUUAUUCAACUAGUAAAUUAUUGUCAGUAGAAAUUGUUUUGUCACCUUCCCCUAGUGAGUGCCAUUUA